CGUAAGUGUGAAAGGAGAGAACCUGAGAAAUGGCAGAAGAGGCUCCAGCUCCCGCCGCAGCCGUCCCGGCGAAGGCUCCCAAGAAGAAAGCUGCAAGCAAGCCCAGGAAAGCGGGGCCCAGCGUUGGAGAAUUGAUCGUGAAGGCAGUUGCUGCUUCCAAGGAGAGGAGUGGAGUGUCCCUGGCUGCUUUGAAAAAAUCUCUGGCCGCCGACGGCUACGACGUAGCGAAAAACAAUUCGCGGGUAAAGCUGGCCCUUUGUAGCCUGGUGACCAAGCAGACCCUGCUUCAGGUUAAGGGAACCGGUGCCUCUGGCUCUUUUAAGCUUAACAAGAAGCAGGCGCUUGAAAAGAAGAAGCCUGCCAAGAAAGCAGCCCCUAAGGUUAAGAAGGCCGCUGCGGUCAAAAAGGCGGUAGCAAAGAAGCCUGUGGCGAAAAAGUCACCGAAGAAGGCCGCUAAACCUAAGGUGAAGAAGAGCCCAAAGAAGGCCAAGAAGACAACAGCGGCUAAGAAGCCAGCAGUGGCUAAGAAGCCUGCAAAGAGUCCGAAGAAAAGUAAGAAGGCAGCAACUGCGGCAAAGAAGCCGACCAAGAGUCCUAAGAAAAUCAAGGCAGCCAAGACAAAAGUGGCGAAAGCUAAGCCCGUCAAAACAAAGAAAACCGCUCCCAAGAAGAAGUGA